GAGUUUUUGUCGUUUUUUGCGUUUACGAGCGCGCCAGAGCGAGCAUUGCUCGAAGCGACAGCGCCAGGUUAUCCGCGGCCUCCGCUGGUCGCGCGCUGCGGCGUCUCGCCCCGCACAACGCCGCCGCAGAGGCGUGAGACCGUUCCCAGCGCCGCGGCGCACCGCGCACGACGGCGGCCCGCGCGGCGACAAUGCUGCGCGCGCUGCACGUCGCCGAGAAGCCGAGCGUGGCCAAAAAAGUCGCCGAGCACCUCGGGAGCCUAGGUGGUCCCACCACCAAUAGAUCGGGACCGAGCCCCUACAACCGCCUUUAUGAUUUUGAGACGCCGGGCACACCACUCACAAACAACCGACGCGUCAGGCACACCGUUACCUCAGUAACAGGUCAUCUGAUGGCGUCGGAGUUCGCCGAGCCGCACAACAAGUGGCACGCGUGCGCGCCUCGGGAUUUACUGCGGGAGGACGUAUCACAAGUAGAAUUCCGCGUCGCUGAUGAUAAACUACCUCUGAAGCAACAACUGGAACAAGAAGCGCGCCAGAACGACUGGUUAGUUUUAUGGUUGGAUUGUGAUAGGGAGGGCGAGGCGAUUGCCUAUGAGGUGGUCGAUGUCUGUCGGAAGAAGAAGGCGUCGUUGGACUUAUAUCGGGCCGUCUUCUCGUCCGUCGAUAAGCAGUCCAUCCAGCAGGCUUGGAGAUCACUGCAGCGACCGGACAAGCGCAAGGCCGACGCCGUCGCUGCUAGAAGUGAACUAGAUUUACGAGCAGGAGCGGCCUUCACGCGCUUCCAGACCUUCAGGAUCGAUGGGCGGUACGAGGACGUCCAGACGAAAGUGGUCAGUUACGGGCCCUGCCAGUUCCCGUGCGAUCUCGGCGUCCCGCGGUGCUGCGGUGCCUUCACGCCAUCGACGCGACUCGUGUCCAUCAGACGAGGUCGUGGGUGGUCUCUUUUUUGAGUUUGAGGCCUUUCGGACCGAGUCGAGCGACCGCGAUGCUCCGCGCAGGACCCUAGGCUUCAUCGUCCAGCGCCAGCAGGAGAUCGAGGCCCACGCUCACAAACAGUUCUGGAAGAUUGAUUUAGCUACUAAGAUAGACCAACAACAUGUGAAGUGGUCCUGGCGGAGAAAACGAGUGUUUGAUGAAGUUGUAGCUUCAUUGUUGUUCGAACGCGUGUUAGAAUCUCCUGGUACUAUUGAACGAGUACAACCCAAACCGGCGACGAAAGUGCGACCCGUGCCCCUGUGUACGCUCGAGUUGCAAAAACGAGCGUCGCGGUGGCUACGUUUAGCUCCAGACGCGACCAUGGAAGUAGCUGAGAAAUUAUAUCAAAACGCUCUCAUCUCGUACCCUAGAACAGAAACGGAGAUCUUCAAGCCUGGACUCGACUUGAGAGAUCUGAUCGAUAGGCAGCGCGGCGAUCCUCGCUUCGCAAGUUUUUGUGGAGACCUACUGGACAAACCAGCGAAUGACCCUCGUAGUUUUUGCCAGCCGCGAGCCGGCAAACGAGACGACGAGGCCCACCCGCCGAUCCACCCCACGGGCGACGGUUCGCAGUUAACAGACCCAAGACAGAAGGCCGUUUUUGAGUUAGUUACGAGGCAUUUCCUAGCCUGUUGUGCGAAGGACGGUGUGGGACGACAGACGUUGGUGGAUGCGGAUAUCGGCGGCGAGAAGUUCGAAGCGCGAGGUUUGAUUAUCGACCAGCGAGGCUGGCUGGAUAUCUAUCGCUGGGAGCGGUGGUCCGGGACGCAAUUGCCUCUACUCCAAGAGGGCCAAUUGUUUGAUAUCACGAAAGUGGAACUCGUUGCCGGUAAGACCCAACCGCCUCCCCUACUCACGGAGGCGGAUCUGCUCGCGAAGAUGGACGCGCACGGCAUCGGCACGGACGCGACGAUGGCCGAUCAUAUAAAAACGGUACUGACGCGGGAGUACGCGACGCGAGCGAACCAGCCGCCCCACGUGCUCAAACCGACACCGUUGGGAAGGGCAUUAGUAGACGCCUACGACGCCAUGGGCGAGCGCCUCAACAGACCUGAGUUACGGGCGGCUGCGGAAGCGGACUUUACCUCCAUCGCCAAUGGCAAGAAGACGAAGGCUCAAGUGAUAGCGGAGACGUUGGUAACGAUGCGGAGGUGCUUCGACGUCGUGCAGAGAGACGUCGCGAAAUUAGAUGAAGCGAUGCGGAAGCGCUUCGGCGGCGCCGCCGGAGACGGGCCGGCGCCGGAUUUGAACCUGGACUUCGCGGGGACGACGUGCGGCGACUGCGGCGGUACCAUGCAGUUAUACUCAAGAAAUGACCGCCCGUCGCUGCGCUGCGACCAGUGUGAGACGUGGUGGCCUUUACCUGAUAGACAAGGUGUGACCAUCGAGCCGCGUUCGGCAACAUGUCCAUUGUGCCAGUUCCAGUUGGUUGAUAUCAAAUUCGAUCCCAAUGGGCGAAAGCAGCCGCACUGCCCGCACUGCUACACCGCGCCGCCGCCCGGCGCGCACGCGGGAAGUACGGGCGGGCGCAUGGCCUGCCGCGACUGCGCCCAUGCCGGUUGUAGUCUCGCGACGGGCGUGCGAGGCGGGUCCCUGGCCGUGGCGAAGUGUGCUUGCGGCGGCGACCUGAAAUUACGGAGGACGCCGGCGGCCAAGUUCGUGCUCGGGUGCACGUCUCAGCAAUGCGGCUCGGCGGCCUGGUUCCCCUCGGCCGUUGCUAGUGCGCGGGUCUUGGAAGAUAGCGACUGUCCACAAUGUUCGGCGCCGGGCGCGCCGGUCCGCCGGCUCAAGCUCAAGCUCCCGUCAGCAAAAGUGCCGCCGGGGACGGACCUCAACCCGACGCUCUGCGCGCUGUGUUGCAGGGGAGAGAUCCUGCAUCUGGGCUUCGACCGGCGGAACCUGCGGGUCGGCGGGCGGGGCCGCGGCGGGCGCGGACGGGGCGGAGGGCGUGGGCGGGGCGGCCGCACGCGGGGGCCGCCGGCGCCGGCGGGCGUCGACCAGAACAAGCGGCCGAAGGUCGCGGCGGCUCAACCGCCGCGGCCGGCGCCGCGGGGCCCGCCGCAGCCGCUCCAGCAGCGGGGGCCGCCCCAGCCGCAGCUGCGGCGGUAG